UACGCAAGACAUCUCAUAAAUUAAGAAAGAUCUUAGAGCAAGGAGCAGCAAUAUCCGGUGUUGGGAAAUGCUCUGAGAGCGCGAUGCGCGGGAUAGCGGCCUUUGUGGUGCUGGCGCUGCAGCUUGCAGUCGCCAGUGCGGGGAAGUGUACCACUGGUUUCUCAGUAGUGGCACCAGAGGUCGCGGUGCCGGGGAAAACUACAGCAAUCCUGGUGACUCUUCAUGGAAGAGCCGGCGAUGAGACGUUAGACCCUCUCAACGUGACCGUCAGACUUGAAACACAAGACGAAGAUAAUGAUGUCAAACUACUCACUUCGGCGAGUCAAAUGAUUACAGGCUACGGAAUCAUCCCUUUAAAGAUACCGUCAUCACCUGCAACACAUUGCACGCUGCAUACUACUGUUGGGUGCGUCGGCAAUGAUGAGUGCACGGCGAAGAGCCACAGCAUCAUCCGCCUGCUUGGCCCAGUGCGAGACGUGAUCGUACGACCGGCUCGACAUCAUUAUAGACCGGGGGAGACAAUAACCUUCUGGAUCCUGGCGCUCGACCACGACCUCCGUCUCGUCCGGGGAGAGCUGGCUUAUGUCGCUCUGAGUGACCCCGCUGGUACCAAAGUCACGAUAUGGGAUCAGCUGUCAAUGGACGAAGGCGUUCGCAAGCUAAGUGCUUCCUUAGCGACCGGUGCUCGCUCCGGUACUUGGCGUAUUGAAGCCCGCUGCGGGGGAGGCUUGGCUCGAGUGGACAUCACCGUCGGUAACGGCGUAGGAAGCACUGCUCCCGCCGCUCCUGCCGCUGAGCAGCACUAUGUAGAGCUCCGGUUUGCAGACAGUAUGAGAAGGCGGUAUAAACCUGGACUGCCUUUUGUUGGACGGGUCGAAGCAAUGAGCACAGAGAAGCGAGUCCGGGUCCGCGUCAAGUUGUACGACGAUAAAACCGACAUCUACAGCCAAGAUAUUGACAUGUCCACCGGCGAAGGAGGUUUUAUCGUCCCCACUGUCAUGGCCGACGCGCCGUACGUCAAUUUACAGGCGGAGUUAGUGGCGGUCGAAGGCAAAGAGAUAGAGACUCAUUACGUGCUUGCCCGAGAAAGAAUUCGGCGAUGGAACUCUACGUCGAAAUGCUAUCUACUUGUGGAAAACUUGCCGACACCACUCCAGGCUGGUGGCAUAGCGAGCGCGAGUGUGUGGUCAUCGUGUGGUUGCCGUCAGCGGCUGCUCGCCGCCGUCACGAGCGGUGGCCGCGCCGUGCAUUGGGCAGCCGUGCCUGCGCCAGCCAACGACUCCGAUCUCUGCCGAUUUAAUUAUACGUUCCCAGUGACAGCAGACAUGGCGCCCGUCAGCUCGCUCCUCGUGUAUUACGUCACGGAAGGUGGCGAGCCCGUCAGCGAUGUAGCUAGCUUCCACGUUAGACUACUGCAUAAAGAGGUGGCGGUGGCAAUAGAAGAGCGUCGCUGGUGGUAUCCCAGGGCCGCGCUGCAGCUUCGAGUCCUCGCACCACCUGACUCCACCAUGUGUCUGAUCGGGACACGAGCACCACCUGACGCGAGAUUUGAUCCUCACCAAACGACUGAAGAACAUGAAGAGCAACCGGGUCCAGAGUUUGUGUCGGCCGGCGUAUCCCUGUUUGUCGGCGGCGGCACCUGUGGUGGAGGCGUAUUGUACCGGCAGAGGACUGCGCCCGCCCCGCACGCGCCUGCGCACCUGGUACCACCUGCGAGCCACGAUAGGCUGUGGAUGUGGAAGUGUUUUAAUUAUACGAAUCAACUUUCAAUUGACGGAGUGACGAUUUCAGCCCCUUCAGAGGCUGGUCGUUGGUCUCUUUGGGCUCUCUCCCUCUCCAACCAUGGCCUUCGAUUCUCCGCCCCCCGGACCAUUAACGUCUUCAGGCCGAUUCAACUGGACUUCUCUCUACCACCAGCUCUGAAAGUCGGAGAGACUGUGGAAGUGGAUGUCAAGAUAACAAAUAACAUCAAUAACUGUAUGGAUGUAACUGCAUUGUUAGCAUUAAGCGCAGGAGCAGCGUUCGCAAGCACUGGCGCUUUGUACGUCACCGAGAGGCUCCGACUCGGGCCCCGCGGAGGAACACAACUGGUGGUUAGAGUCGCCGUCAACACGCCUGGCAGGAAGAAUAUUACUGUGGAAGUUACUGGAUACAGUGCAGAUAACUGCUCAGUUUCUUACACAUCAUUCAAUAAUGAGACUCUGGUGGGGUCCGUGAUCAGGUCUGCAAGUGUGCUGGUUCUACCUGAAGGAUUACACAGGACUGAUACACAGAGUGCUUAUUUCUGUGCCAAUGAACAUUUAGCAGUAUCCUCACGUGGUUCUUGGGAAUGGCAAUGGGUAGCAGCACCUAGGAACCGAGCUGGCUUAGUUCUGGAGUUACGGGCGCAAGGAGCUGCUCAUGUUGCUUUGUCUUCAAUAAGAGAACCAUCGGAUGAUAUGUAUAGAGUUGUCUUCGAGAGAACUAGAGUUUGGAUUGCUAAAGGAAAACACGGUUACGAUGUCCACUUAGCAAGUGCAGAGCAAACGGAAAGCGAUGAGGACUGUUCUGGUGCUGAUUCCUGGUGUGCUUGGUGGGUGUGGUGGGAAGGAGGUCGCCUAUCCGUGGGUAGAGGCGCUGCACCAUCUGAACGAAGACUCCUGGUCUGGCCUCUAGCUCCCGAUAUGAGAAUCAAGUUUGUUGGAUUCAGUGCACUAUGGGGAGAUAAAGCUGAUUUUAGAAUUUGGAACUUCAACGAAGAAGCCGGAUUCUCUCAAGUCCUAGAACUUGGCCUACCUCGAGGUGUUGUACCAGGUUCGGCAAGUGGUACUCUUCUCGUAUCAGGCGGUCUGCAUCUGCCUUUGUACAGUCUUCAGACUGAUUCUACUGAUCAAUGGGCUGAAGUUUGGAGGGAUUCGCAAUUGUCUGCAGCAUCAGCUAGUCUGGCACCGCUCUUGGCGCUAGAGCAUAUACCGCAUUUGGUAGAUGACGUUGAGAGGGAAAGGAUUUUGAGGAAAUUACCUGAACAGGUACAAGUAUUAUUAUCCUUCCGAAAAAGCGAUAACUCCUUCAGCGACCAUCCAGGAAUGAGCAGUCACUUAUCAACCAUUAAAAUAUUGGAAAUCUUGACCAAAAUCCAGUCUUACUACCCCGUUGACCCAGAUUUACUUCAAAAUAUCAAGAAGUGGAUACAAACUCGACAAAAUGACGAUGGAUCGUUUACACCGCUGGCUGCUGAUAAGGAAGUUGAUUAUUAUCCUGUAGAUAUAACGAAAACGAAUGGUACAAAAGAAGUAGAUGUGAAUGAAUACUAUUAUUAUGAUAAAGACGGUAAUAUGACUCAAGAAGAAAUUGAUUGGGAGAGAAGAGUUGAAGUGACUGCGGAGACGUUGGUAGCUUUGCUUGAAGUUGGGGUCGAGAAUCAGGUCGAUGCAGAUGUAGCCAAGAAAUCUCAAAGUUAUCUGGAAAACAAUUUACGCAACCUAACGUCUCCAGCCGCUCUUGCUGCAACUGUCCUAGCAUUAGUACUGGCAAGGAGUCCGAUAGUACCCGAAGCAUUAGUGAUUCUAAGGAAUGCGUCGACGACAGAAGAGGGCGAAUUUGGAUGGCCAGCGCCAAGAAAGGACGCUGCUGAUUGGCUUCUAGAGGAAACUUCUAGGAAUAUCAAGACUACGUCAUAUGAAGCGGUAACGAUGGAGCAAUACGUGGCUGGAGUACGAGUCCUACUGGCGGCGUGUGCCCGCGGCGCGCUGGCGGAGGGCGAGGCGGCGGCGCGCUUCCUGUACUACCGCGCCUCUACGCUACAGCGGCACCCCAGCCUCGCCUACAGUGCCACGAAAGCCGCUGCCCAGUAUGCUGCUCUGGCUCAUGAUAGACACCGGGCCCUAACAGUUUCCCUGGCAACAGCGGGCAUGGAGUUGACAGACACGUUGGAACUCCGCGCUCGCACUCCACCGCGCCCACUUCAACUGCCCGGCUUGCCCACUAAAGUGUUCGUCUAUGCUACUGGAGCUGGCUGUGCUACUGUACAAGGAACAAUAACUUAUUCUACAUACACACCGAAACCAGAAAAUGCUCUGCUUAAUAUUCAAGCUGCAAUCAUUGAAGAAAUUCGUCCUGAAAGAAGUAGUAUCGAAGACUUGCAAGGCAACCUACCUACCUUGAUCAUCAAGACUUGCUUCAAAUGGAAAGGCAAAGAACGUUCGGGAAUCCUUCGUCUAGAAUCAUCACUUUUCUCCGGCUAUGAGCUUCAUUCUGUCAACCCUGUGGUACUGGAUGGAGCCACUUUUGCAGACCUACAUUACGGCUCGAGAGGGGAAUCAGUGUGGUUCGUGUUUGCCAACAUCAGCUCCACAUGCCCAGUCUGCGUAACGUACGAAGUUCGAUCCAAAUUCGUCAUCACCAGCUUACGCCCAGCAUUUGCUAAAAUCUAUCCAUCAACACGGCCAGACCUAGCUGUUGAAACCUUCUUCCAUGCUAGACCAGGAAGCCCGCUAUUAAGAGGAAUAACUGACGAUGAUUUUAUCACCUGGUUUGAUAAGACUGAACUAGCAAGCCUCAAAACUAGCGCUAACAUUGAUAAUAUUUGCGAAUGUGGACGAAUAUGUAGCAGAGAUUAUGAAUUCAGGAAGAAUUACGAAGAACACACUGAAGGAACUACAGAGAACAUUGAAACAACAACUCUGUUGGAGACUAGCACUGUAACAACGGUAGAACCUUCAACAACUGAAGAAACUACUGUGGCUUCAACUGUAACAACUGACGCAAGUUCCUCACUUAGUACUACUACAGUCGAAGCUACAAGUACCACUGAAGAAACUGAAAGCACUACUGAUAAAGAUUCAAGUACUCCUCAAGAUUUAACUACGAUUGACGUAAGCACUGAAAUCCCAGAAAAUACAACCACAACCAAAAUUGAACGCGUCGUGGAUCCUAUAAUAAUCCCCACUGUUACGUACGUCAACAAAACUAAACAUGAGGAUGUUAAAAAUGAUAUAGGCCUAUUGUUCCCAAAAAUAAGCACUGAACUUAUUGUUCAGAAGGCAGCCAUGAUGGAAAUGCCAAAGAAAGAACUCAAUAAAAAGAAAAAUUACCCCAGAAGGAAAGGAACUCUGAAGGCAACAUACGGCGAUAAGCAUGAAAAAUUCUAUAUGAAAAUAAAAGCACUUAAAAAUACAGUCCCACCUACUACGACUGAGAGAAUGAUUGAAUUUAGCAUGGGGAGAACGAAUAACACUUACAAUGGAAAAUUAGAAGAAGUAGUAACUGUCAAAAAAGUAGCUAUAAGACCUGUCGUGAUGGAAAAAGCAAAAGAAAAAUCAACUACACUAUCAAAUGAGAUGAUUGAACACAGUGUAGUAGCUAACGACACUGAAACAAAUCCGACUAUCGAAACAAAAUUGGGAGUAACACCUGUUAAAGUUCUUCAUAAUAUUAUAACUGAAAAUCCUAUAAAAACUGAGAAACAUACAGCUUCCUUAUACCCAGAUACGUCAAUGCCCCACACGAUUACAACUAUCACUAAUAAUAAUAUACAGUCAAUCCAUUACCGAACGAAAAAACCUAAAGCUGUAACUCAAAUUAAAAAACCAGAAGUUGCUUCGACUGUUAAUGUGACUAAGCACAAUCAAACUGAAGAGAUCAUCCCCGAAGUCAUUAACAAAACUAAAAAGAAAUCAGUGAUUCCCCAAAAAUAUAACGCAAAGACAAUGAAAUCGAUAAACAAGGAGAUCCACAAAAUGCCACCGACACCUAUUUCUGAAACAUCAAAAACAUUGUCAGAAACAGUAAAGUCCGAUAUUGCUCCAGAAAAUAAAGGUGGAUUCGAAAUACCAGCCAAGAACAAUGUAUGGGAGCUUCUCAAAGAAGGAUCUGAUAACGUUCCUUCAAAAAUAGACGAAAAACUUCAUGUUCAAAAUACACUUUCCGAAUUAGGAUAUAACAUGUCUACUAAAGUAGACGAAAAUCGAUCAUUAUAAACUUUAUUGUUAUAUAAUGUAUAAGAUACAAAGACUUUCAGUAAAAAUAUUUUUGUAACACAGUAUGCAACUUGAAACCUGUAAUUAGUGUCAAAAACAAUUGAUGGAAAGUGCAUGAUUUUGAAACUGAUACAACCAAUUAAUAAUGGGAAUGAUCGAAAGGGCCCUGCGUACUAGUAAGGAUCUAUAUAAACUGGAUGGGUUCUUGAAGAAAUACUAGGGAUAGUAAGAACAUUGACAUUUAAUCUUUGUUUCCUAGAUAAUAAAGAUUUAACUCAAAAUAAUGCACCCUCCGACUAAAUUAUCUCAAAAUUGUUGAUCUCAAACAUGAUUCCUAAAGCACAUUUUAUUGUUGAUUGUUAGGAUGUAAUGCACUCAUCUGAAUGAUUCGUAUGAACGAUUGUGUGUGCUGUAAAUAUUAUGUCUAAGCUAAAUUAUUGAAUAAGUAAAGCGCUGUGACCUAUGACUUCUAACGUACGUGUAACGCUUCCUCUGAAAAGCGGAAUUUUAUUUAUUAAUCCCUAGAUUUAGCCGGUUUUCGGCUUUGUAGUUUGAAAUGGAAGGAUAAAGUAGAGUAUGAUAAGUUAAACAGAAAUUUUAUUAUUUGGAAUUUGCUUCUCUUUAGAUGCUACUUAAAAUUUAGAAGGGCUAGAUAAUUAUGCUGUUUAGUGUUCUGGGCUGCCUGUUGAAGUUGUUUAUCUAUUCGUCUUCUUCUUUUGUUAAUGUGCUGAUGUCUUAGUUUUUUAGUCACCAGAAGGCCUGUAUCAUGGUUUUUCACACCCCCUUAAAGAUUUAACAAACACCGGUCGAUGAUUUGUAAUACAGAUCGAUGUUAACAUACUUCACGUUUAAAUAAUUGAGAUUUUUAAACAAUAUUAAUAAUUAUUCUGAUUUUUCAGUUGUCUCAUAUAAUUAAGGCAGCCUUUUAUUAGAAUAGCAAUUACUGAUUUUUCUAAUGUAAAUAGGAUCUCUUAUUGCCAAAGUAAUUGUUUACCCUUAGAAUAAUGACUAAUAGUGGUACUAGUCUCUUAGAUAUGUAAUUGUAAUGCUAAUGCCCCAGAAUUUCCAUCCGUCUAUCGUCUUCUGUAUCUAUUGUAUGUAAAAUGUUAGUUCUAGUAGCUGUCUAGAUGUUUUAUGUUGUGUCUAUGAACUGUGAAUUUCUAAACUUGAAUGAUAAUUCUUGAAGUUGUCUGUUCAGUUAACACAGCGCCAUCUGUUAGGUGUUAUAAAAAUCUGUUGAGCUGUGUUCGCUGUAAAACUAAUAUACACCAUCACUAGAUGGCACCGUUACUAAAAAAUAAUUACUGGUAGAAAAAAGGUUUCAUUGCGCACCAAACUUAAAGCAUGAAUAAUUUAAUCGAAACUUAAAAUAUCACAAGUUUAGAAUUCACAUUUCCUGUUUUCUGUAGAACUUUAGAUCACAGUUUUGUAUAAUUGUAUGCAUGAACUGAUCUGAUCUGAGAACUUAUGUAGAACUAUCCUCUAUCCUUAAACUAUGUGUAAAGUCAAUAUUUAGGCUAUUCGGCUGAAUGGCUGAAGAUAGGGCUGAGUGAACCUAGAACUUACCUACCUUAGAAUCUAGUCUCUUUAGAAAAGUUUUCUUUCGUAGUGCUGUCAUAGAUUCCUUAGAAAAUAAUUUCUGAUUUAAAUUUAUUCUAUACUCCCUUAUCCCUUAAUGUUAUGAUAAAGGAACUAAAAUAACUUCUAUCAUUUUCUGUGUACCUACAAAAAUACCUUUUAAUGUAAAUAUAAUAUAAUUAUACGUACCUUUAGCUUUUUUUAUUGUAUUUUAAGAAAAUUAUUUAGGGCGUUGCACCAAUGCAUCCCUGAAUUUGACAGAUGUGUCUCCGAUUAUAGAAAUACUUUGAAUUGUAUAAAUCUACCCCUUAUUCAAAAAUAAUGUUUUGUAAGGUUGAAACUCACCUUAAUGUAGCUUAAAACAGAUGAAAUUAUCACCUAUGUAUCAUCAGUAAAAAAAAGUGAACAAAUUCACUACAUUAUUAUAUGAUGUAACGGUUUACUCACGCGCAUUUAUCGGGGUAGCCCGACUAGUUUCGGACCCAACCGGAGUCCUUAAUCAUGAGCAGACGCGAAAGGAUCGCGAGUCGAUACACGAAUACGCGUGCGUAAACCGUUACAUCAUUUAAUAAUGAAUCAUUCUCACGAUAGUUACUACAUUAUUAUGAAUAAGGGGCUUAAAAAUAAUUAAGCGCGAUUUAAAUGUAUAAAUGUAAGGAUUGUAUGAUAAAUAGGUGCUUGCGCGGUGGAUAAACGUCAAUUUUUCGAUAUUAUGUAUAAAAAGAUCUCAUCUCGAUGGUAUAAGGUCAUAGUUUAUGUUUAUGCUUAAAACUAAGCUAGUCAUUCAUAAAGUAAAACCUCGAUGUACUGAAACGGAUUAGUUAAUAGGAUCGAUUAAAUAAUUCUUAACAUAAAA